AUCUCAUGAUACCGAGGCACUGGGCUAACCUCGUAUUGCCUCAAGAUCUAGCAGGGGGCCCUGGGGUCUACACCACACCAAGGCGAUAUCUUACUAGGUAUGAUAUAUGCAAGGGGAGAUUAAUUAACAGAUGGGCCAAAUCCUGGAACAGGGGCGAUGGAACCAACAGGGCUGCCUCGGCGCUGCCCCAGCCAGGCCUUAUAUAUAUGGGGGCAUCCAAGCCCUCGGUCUGAGCCAGCCGCCCAUGCAUCUUCUCAAGUUGUCCCUCAUUAUUAGUAGGAACAAGCACCCAAGAUGAAGUUCGGCACGCAGAUCACCCUCCUCUCCCUGGCCCUGGGCGUCACCGCCCGGCUCCAGCCCCCCUCGCACAUCAACCGGUCCCCCCCAUCCCUCGUGGAGCGCGACCUCCCCACCGUCACCAGCGUGAUCGCCAAGGUCGACUCGGGCAUCAAAGCGCUCGACACGGCCGUGCAGGCCUUCUCGGGCAGCGACUCGGACGUCAGCAGCGCGGGCGACGCCCUGGUCAGCACCAUCAAGGCGGGCACGACGACGGUCGACGGCAGCGACGACCUCAGCCUCGCCGACGCGCUCGGCCUGCAGGGCGCCGUCACCACCCUCCAGGGCGACGCCAACAGCCUCGUCGACUCCCUGUCGGCCAAGAAGUCCGCCUUCGAGGACGCCGGCCUGUGCGCCUCCAUCCGCCAGCAGACGACCGACAUCAGCUCCGCCAGCAGCGACCUCAUCGACGCCAUCGUCUCAAAGGUCCCCGAGGCCGCCCAGGGCAUCGCCAAGGACCUCGCCUCCGGCAUCCUCAAGGCCCUCGCCCAGGCGCAGUCCGACUUCGCCGAGGGCAGCUGCACCGACAAGGCCGGCUCGGGCGGCGGCGGCGGCUCGACCAGCACCGGAGGUGGAGGCUCGACCAGCGCCGGCAGUGGAGGUAGCGGCUCGACCAGCGCCCCCGGCGGCGGAUCUACCAGCGCCCCCGGCGGCGGUGGCUCGACCAGCGGCGGCGGCUCCGGCCCGACGACCAGUGCCGGCGGCGGCGGCGGUGCCACUGAGACCGGGUAUCCCACCACCUCUGCGGGCGGCGAGACUGGCGGGAGCUCCACCGGCCAGCCGGCGCCCACCGGCGGCGCUGGCGGAAACGGAACCGCCACGCAGUCCGCCAGCCCGACUCAGACCUCGCCUGUCACUGCCGGCGCGGCAAAGGUCGCUGGUCCCGUUGGCGCUGUCGUGGUUGCCAUGGCUGUCGCGGCUCUGUUGUAA